GUUUUUGCCGUACCAUCGAUGGUUUGUCGCUGAGGACGCUUCAUUGCAAUAUUUACUUCCAACUUUGCCUUUGUAUAGUGUUGUUCGGUCGCCAAUGUUCUGUGUUGUGUGAAAAUCUACAUCUUCAUUAUUUUUUUUCGUGGUCCCCAUCGUUUAUCGUUCGCAUCAAAUAUAUUACUAUCGAUAUCGAUACGAAAUAUAUAUAAAAAUUGUGAAUAAUUUUCUGUUUGGCGUAUUUUGUGACCGCAACUCAGCGCAUCGCAAACGAAAGAAGCAACGAUUUUAAAUAAAAUUAUCCAAAUUUUUUACCGUACCUAUUGCUCAUUUCUUUUCGUGUGAUUUUUUUUCUCGCUAUAUUUUGGCAACCUGUGGUUUAGCUCUAGAGAGUUAUCAGAGAGUGUCAUUCGAGUAACAAGCGACCAAAUUGUAACAUAACUAACGAAUUGAUGAAAAGUUUAUUGUUUGCCUAACAAAAAAUAACAACUAAUUUCGCGGCUUUUCCCUUUUAAUCAUCGUCGUGCAAUCAACGUUGCAAACAAUUCGUCAAUUUAUUUUGCUGUGACUCAUAACAACCGAAAAGAAAAAUCGCUAACAAGAACGGAAAAAUAAAUUACCACGAAAAACCGUUCAUAAUUGAAACGAAAUAAGUUCGAGUGAGUGAAAUAGUUUAAAAUUGAAGGGACAGUUGAAACAUUCAAUUCAGAAUCACUCGGUCAUGGUCGAAGAUAAAAAUAUUAUUGAUAAAUUGUGCAUUGAUAAAGUGACCAAAGAAUCCACAAAAUCAAACAAAUCGAAUUGUGAUAAUGCACGAAGUGUUCAACCGUUGAUUGCAGUUGAGAACAGCAAGGAACAACAACAACAUCAGCAUCAGCAUCGACCAUUUCAGUUUGGUGUACGUGACGGUGAAAAGAAAAUACAAGAAGUUACCGUUAUCGCUGCAGAUCACAAUAGUCUAAACGCAAAUUCUACCAUUGAUUCACGGGCUUGCUACAAACCUGAGAAAAAGCAAAUCAACGAAUUGUACAGUAUUUUAAGCAAAGACACAACAAUGACGAACUCACAGCUAUGGUUUCGUGGAGUGCGCGCAUCAAAGUUUCGACAUGUGUACGGAGCACCAUCGCGAAAGGAAAAUAGUUACACAGAUAUAAGUGUGGUUCGAAGCGGAAACGAUGGCAAUUUGUGUGCAGUGAACCCAUUAUUUUUAGCUAUUGUCGUUGACUAUGCCUUUGUCGUCAUUCCCAUCUCACAGACUGGCCGCAUCGAUUUCCAGUGCAAUAAAGUUAUCGGCCAUUCCGGACAGAUCUUAGAUUUGAAAUGGAAUCCCUUCAACGAUUGUAUCAUUGCAUCAGCUUCGGAUGAUUGUACCAUCAAAAUCUGGCGCAUCCCUGAAGAGGGUUUAACAUCGAAUCUUGACAUCUUUGAAUCGGAACUCUUGGGUCACAGACGAAAGGUUCUGCACAUCGAAUGGCAUCCAACUGCCAGUAAUGUGAUGUUCAGUGCUGGUUUCGACCAUACUGUGCUCGUUUGGGAUGUAUCAACACAAGAAAUCAUGCAAACCAUCGACUGUCACGUGGAUAUGAUUUAUUCGUUGGCUGUAAAUCGCGAUGGCUCCUACAUUGCAACCACCUCCAAAGACAAAAAAUUACGUGUUAUUGAACCGCGAACCGCAAUCGUUAUUUCGGAAGGUGUGUGUCACAUGGGCACCAAGUGUUCGAAGGUGGCAUUUUUAGACAACGGAAAGGUGGUAACAACCGGAUUCUCGCGACACUCCGACCGACAAUACUCGAUUUGGGAUCAACAUGAUUUGAAAAAUCCACUACACCAAGAAGUAAUGGAUAGCUCAAGUGGUGUUGUGACUCCGUAUUUUGACUACGAUACACGAAUGCUCUAUUUGGCCGGAAAGGGAGAUGGAAGUAUUCGUUACUAUGAAAUUGUCGAUGAAGCCCCCUACAUUCACUAUUUAAAUCAAUUUUUAUCGGGUCAUCCGCAGAAAGCGCUUGGUUUCAUGCCGAAACGUGGUUUGAAUACGCAAAUCUGUGAAAUAUUCCGAUUUUAUAAGCUUCAUGCUGCUGGAAGUAUAUGCGAGCCAAUCGCUAUGAUUGUCCCACGGCGAUCGACAAUGUUCCAGAAUGAUUUGUAUCCAGACACCGCGGCCAAUAUACCAGCAAUAUUGGCAAAGGAUUGGUUCAAGGGACGUAAUAUGCAACCGAUUAUGAUGUCAAUGGUGAACAAACAACCGAAAAUGGUAAACGAUAUCACAAACGCAAAGUAUAAGCAAAACGAGCAACAGCAGCAGCAACGAGAACAAAACCAUCAUCAUCAUCAACAACAGCAACAGCAACAACAAAAUAAGCAUCAAAUUAACGAACAACCGACUGCGAUCGAACGUAAAUUCGAAAAAAUCGUCGACUCGAAUUAUAAUCUGAAUAUCAAAAGCAAUAUGAACGGGUUAACUAAGCACAAAGACAACGAUAACAAAUUGCACACUUGUGAUAAUAAUAAUUCAAAGAAAUUCGCGUUUUUGGCACAACAAACAAUACCCGACUAUCGCUCGCAACAGCUGAUAGAAAAAAGUCAAAAGACAUCAACAAAUCAAAGCACGAAAUUCCAUCAGCUGCAGGCGAUAUUCGGACACCAAGGUGCAACAAUCAAAGACAUAGCCAAUAUUCAAAACAGCUUGAUGACCACACCAAAGAAUGGAACGCCCAACGGUUCGUCCGAAAAUCUGAAUUUCACGGAAAAUGAGCUCCGAAAGGCCUACACUCGCCAAAACGAGGAGAUAAAAAAUUUGAAAAAUCAAUUGGCCAAUUCGGAGAAGCGACGCGAAGAACUAGAGAUUGAAGUGAAACGCUUGCAAUUGCUAGCGAGUUAAAUUGAUCCAGAAUGAUGAAAUGGUUCUCAGACAGCAAGUGCAAGUGCAUCCAGUUUUUUUUUUAAUUGAAUUAUAUUUCCAAAACGCCUCCCCCCACCCUUCUUCCCGCUGUGUAUUUCCAAUUGUAUUUUAUGCGUAUAAGUUAAUUUAUCGAAACCAAUUUUUAGUCAGCUUGAUUCCAAGAACAAACAAAAAAUAAUGACAACCUAAACAUGUGUAACGUGUAUGUAAGAAUGUUUAUUAUAUGGCUGCAAUCUUUAUAAA